CUGAUGGCGCUUUAAAGACUCCGGCGGCGCGUCGCGGGACUUCAAUAUUCGACAUUUAUCACGUUUAUAACGGCAGGCUGACGGAACCGAGCUCGAGCCGCCGGUACCGGUCCGAAUCUCUGCCGAUAUGCCGAGCAAGAAGAAGAAAUACAACUCCAGAUUCCCUCCGGCCAGGAUUAAGAAAAUCAUGCAGACGGAUGAAGAAAUAGGCAAAGUGGCGGCUGCGGUUCCAGUUAUCAUCUCUCGCGCUCUUGAGCUGUUUCUGGAGUCUCUGCUGACAAAGGCUUGUCACGUCACCCAAUCACGUAACGCCAAAACCAUGACCACGUCACACCUUAAACAGUGCAUAGAACUGGAGCAACAGUUUGACUUCCUGAAGGAUCUGGUGGCAACAGUGCCCGACAUGCAGGGAGAGGGGGAGGAGAACCACACGGAGGGAGCGGAGAAGAUCCCACGCAGAGGUCGUAAGCCCGGCUCGGGACGCAAGAACGGCGGCACCGGUGCGAAGGCCAAAGACAAGAAACUGUCUGGAACGGAAUCGGAGCAAGAGGAUGAGUCUGAUGACAGCGAGUCUGAUGUGGAGGAGGAGGAGGAGGAGGAGGAGCGGCAGCACACGUCUCACACCAGCUCUGGACUCUUUCACAGUCAGGACAUGACUCCUCAGUACACGCCCAUCGGAGCCCAGCCGGGUGUCCACACCAUGCCCGCGUUCGCCCCUCACCCGUCACUCAUGGGCAUGGCCCCGCCCCCUCCAGCACCCCUGCCGCAGAAGAAUGAAGACGACGACGACGAAGAUUAUGACUCUUAGCUCAGUUUUACAUUCAUUUUCUUCAGUUCUUUUUGGCUGCGUGAGGUACAGGAAAGAGUUUUUACUAAGCAGCAGAGCUCAUAGCUGUCACGCCGCCACGUCACGGGAAGAUGAAUCGCUUCUAUAUUAGCUGUUUUAAUUUUUUUUAACUCUUAUUUUAUUGUUAAGGAACAGUUAUGGUAAACUGGAGAUUGGCACCUCGUGAUUCCCCUCAGUUUUUCUUUUUUUGGAGAAUGACCCUGAAAGCAAGAACGUGGUUUUGUAGAUUUACCCCGAGUACUUUUUUUUUUUUUGCACUUUUGGUUGUAGUUUGUUGGUCUUUUCCUCCUCAAGCAGUCACUCUGCUCUUUAGUUUUUGUUGUUCAUGUUAAAGUGAAAGGAAACCCCGGUGGGUCAUUCAUAGGAGAAAUUUGCUUUGGUUUCAUUAGCGAAUGUUACAGAGCGGCCCGAGGCGUCAUUGCUGUUCGUGAAUUGUUCAGCAAGGGAUUGCGGAUUGUUUGGUUCUUUUUAUUUUGUGAAUGUAUAUUUUUAAAGCUAGUUUUAUGAUUCCAGUGUUUUCUCUGGGUUUUCAGUGCAGAACUGUGCUAAACUCACUCAGUGUGUCACAAAACACAAUCCGUUGAUGUUUCUCUGCUUUUCUUCUGUUUCUUGGAUGAAAGUGUCUUGAUUUCAAAGCGUGUCAUGGAUGAAGAUGUUUUAAAGGUUUUUGUUUCUUCUGAAUCAUCGUUGAUGAUGCACAUUUCUAUAAAUCGUUUCUCUCUUCUUUUAUAACUUUUAGACUCUUUUUAAUGUUUGCUGUGUUGUUGGAGAGACACGUGGCUUUCUCAUGUCUAAAUGUGUACAGUCAGGCUGUAUGUUGAAUUUUAACAUUCUCUUGAUUUUGUAUGAGUGAAAUAAAAUGUGAGGUUUCAGUAUUUUGCUCCUUUAAUACUGCUUUAAUCCGCUUGUUUCUAGAAUUGAGGUCUUACAUUUCGAACAUCACAUUUUUAAGGCUCAGGUUGUCAGCUUUACUCUUUUUGGCUCCUCGACAUGUCACCAAAUUGUUUCUGGUACAAAAAUGUUUCAUCCGUGUGAAUAAUGAUCUUUAUUACUGCAGGCUGCAGGGAACACGAUCACCUCACUUUUCAGCCCAAAAUAAAGCACAUGCCUUUGAUAUGUUUUAUUCUU